UUACACUUUCUCCAAAAGCUCGUAGCUUCCUGCUCCUCAAAUCUUCUUGGUAACUCUUCUUUCAAUGUAUCUGAAAUCGAUCUCUCUGUGAUCAAUUCCAUUUUCUGACUAAUUUGAAUUACUCUUAAGCAGAAAAUGAAGGUUGCCGCUGCUUUCCUCCUCGCUGUUCUUGGCGGAAACGCUAAUCCUUCUGCUGAUAAUAUCAAAAAUAUCAUCGGAGCUGUUGGUGCUGAUGUUGAUGGAGAGAGCAUUGAGCUUCUUUUGAAAGAAGUGAGUGGUAAGGAUAUUGCUGAGCUGAUUGCUUCUGGUAGGGAUAAGUUGGCGUCUGUGCCGUCUGGUGGUGGUGGCGCUGUUUCAGCCGCUCCAUCAAGCGGUGGUGGUGGUGCUGGUGGUGCUCCUGCAGCUGCGGAGAAGAAAGAAGCCAAGAAGGAAGAGAAAGAAGAGUCUGAUGAUGACAUGGGAUUCAGUCUCUUCGAGUAAGAUUUAUUCCCACGGAAAUGAGUAGAGAUUUGAUUUUUUGUACUCUUAGUGGAUCCGGUUUUUGCUCCUCUCUUCUAGUUUGGUAUUAUCAAAGAUUCUUGGUUAACAAAUUUGACUCCAUAGAUAAUGAAGCAAGAAGAGUUUUUUUUUUAAUCUACUAUUUUGUGGCUUUGCGGGUUAUUCAUUGAGCUUUUUUCUUUUGAUUUACAUCAUGAUUCUAUCUCUUCUGUAUUACCUAGUAAUGAAUCUGGUCUAAGCAU